AUGAAAAGUAUUCGUCUCUAUCAAGUACCAUCGUCUCAUUUCUGUGAUAAAAUUCGUUGGGCACUGGAUUUAAAAGAGAUUCCAUACGAACGAACCAAUUAUAAUCUGUUGUCAAUUAUCGAAGUUCCGAACAAUAAAAAUGGCAAUUCAUUUCAAUGUGAUUCGACAUCGAUAUUGCUCUAUUUGGAUGUUCAAUAUCCUCGAUCAUCCAAUUCGCUUUUUCCAUCAUCACCAUGUGAACUACGUCAGCAAGUUAUUGACACACGGUUACGGUUUGAUUCGGAAUUAGGUCUUUACGUACGUCGAAUCGUUUUUGUUCAAAUUCUCAAUGAACAUCCGGAAACAAUGUCAAUUCUGUUCGGUGAAAAAUACUCAUGGGCCUAUAACUCGAAUGAUAUUCGUUCUCGUUUGAUUAGUCCUUUUAUUGCUUGUUUUAUGAUUGCUAGCUUUAGACUUCAUCGUAUACGCGAGGAACAACUAAAAGAAAAAACACGAAAGAUUCUUCUAGACGUUGCUGAUCAUUUACGAACAAAUGAUUGUUUAGUUGGUGACCGAUUCUCGGCGGCUGAUUUAACAUUUUGUUCUCUGAUCAAACCAUUCGAACGAGUACCCCGUUUCAUUAAUGAUUCUCGUUUUCGAAUAUCAUUAACGCAUUCGACGAAACUACGAUCUAAAAUAUUUAAAUCUAGAUAA